AUGAACAAGGAUAACCAGAGUACUGUGUCUGAAUUCAUCCUCCUGGGGCUCCCUAUCAGGCUGGAAGAGCAGAACAUAUACUAUGCCCUAUUCCUCAUCAUAUACCUGACCACAGUGCUGGGGAACCUGCUCAUCAUCCUGCUCAUCAGGCUGGACUCCCGCCUCCACACGCCCAUGUACUUCUUCCUCAGCCACUUGGCUCUCACCGACAUCAAUUUCUCAUCAGUCACAGCCCCAAAGAUGCUCAUGAAUAUGCUGACCCACAGUCAAUCUAUCUCUUAUGCUGCGUGCAUUUCCCAAGCAUAUUUUUUCAUAUUGUUUGCGGAUAUUGACAGCUUCCUUCUCACCUCAAUGGCCUAUGACAGGUAUGUGGCCAUCUGUCACCCCCUGCACUACUCCACCAUCAUGAGUCGGAACCUCUGUCUCCUGCUAGUAAUUGUGUCCUGGGGGUUAUCCGUUGCCAAUGCCCUUGUGCAUACCAUUCUACUAUCCUUCCUUAUGAUAGGAGGUAAUCAGAGUGGUGCACCUGAAUUCAUCCUCCAGGGGCUCCCCAUCAGGUUGGAAGAUUGGAAGAUGUAUUAUGCCCUGUUCCUGGUCAUGUACCUGACCACAGUGCUGGGGAACCUGCUCAUCAUCCUGCUCAUCAGGCUGGACUCCCGCCUCCACACACCCAUGUACUUCUUACUCAGCCACCUGGCGCUCACCGACAUCUCUUUCUCAUCAGUCACAGCCCCAAAGAUGCUCAUGAAUAUGUUGAUUCAUAGUCAAUCCAUCUCUUAUACUGACUGCAUUUCUCAGGUAUAUUUCUUUUUAUUGUUUGCGGGUCUUGACAACCUCCUUAUCACCUCAAUGGCUUAUGACAGAUAUGUGGCCAUCUGUCACCCCCUACACUACACCACCAUUAUGAGCCAGAGACUUUGCUUGUGCCUAGUAAUUGUGCCCUGGAUCUUAUCCUCUGCCAAUGCUCUUCUGCACACCCUCCUCCUAACCCAUCUCUCUUUCUUUAGAAAUAACACCCUCCACCACUUCUUUUGUGAUCUCACUACCUUACUUAAGCUAUCUAGUUCAGACACUACUGUCAAUGAGCUGGCCAUUCUCACUGUAGGAAUGGUGUACACUGUUCUGCCAUUCAUGUGCAUUCUGGUGUCUUAUGGCCACAUUGGAGCAACCAUCUUGAGAGCUUCCUCAAUUAAGAGUAUCUGCAAAGCCUUGUCCACAUGUGGUUCUCACCUCUGUGUUGUUUCCCUCUACUAUGGAACAAUUAUUGGGCUCUAUUUUUUUCCCUCAUCCAAUAACACUAAUGACAAGGAUGUAAUUGUGGCUGUGUUAUACACUGUGGUUACACCCAUGCUGAAUCCCUUUAUUUACAGUCUAAGGAAUCAGGAGAUAAAAGGAGCUCUUGGAAAUAUCCUUAGUAGAGGAACAUUUUCACUGUAG